AUGGCUCGGGUCUACGCCGACGUUAAUCAGAACAUGCCCAGGUCGUAUUGGGAUUACGACAGUGUCAACAUCAGCUGGGGUGUCCUCGAGAACUACGAAGUUGUUCGCAAGAUUGGUCGUGGCAAAUAUUCAGAAGUGUUCGAAGGCAUCAAUGUGGUGAACUACCAGAAAUGCGUCAUCAAGGUCCUCAAGCCAGUGAAGAAGAAGAAGAUUAAGCGAGAGAUCAAGAUUCUUCAGAAUCUUGCCGGUGGUCCGAAUGUAGUUGCCCUGCUGGAUGUCGUGAGGGAUUCACAGAGCAAAACACCCUCUCUCAUCUUUGAGCAUGUCAACAAUACCGACUUCAAGAACCUCUAUCCGAAGUUCACGGAUCUAGAUGUUAGGUAUUACAUCUUUGAGCUCCUCAAGGCCCUCGACUUUUGCCAUAGCAAAGGCAUCAUGCAUCGAGAUGUGAAACCUCAUAACGUUAUGAUCGACCAUGAGAACAGAAAAUUGCGCCUCAUCGACUGGGGAUUGGCCGAGUUCUACCACCCCGGAACCGAAUAUAACGUGCGCGUGGCAUCUCGCUAUUUCAAGGGACCCGAGCUGCUUGUUGAUUUCCAGGAAUACGACUACAGCUUGGAUAUGUGGAGCUUGGGGGCUAUGUUCGCGUCGAUGAUCUUCAGAAAGGAGCCGUUCUUCCAUGGCCAGAGCAAUUCGGACCAGCUUGUCAAAAUUGCCAAGGUUCUCGGCACCAGCGACCUCUUCGACUACCUAGAUAAAUACGAAAUCGAACUGGACACCCAGUAUGACGACAUUAUUGGCAGGUUCCCCAGAAAGCCUUGGCACAGUUUUAUUACGACCGAAAAUCAAAGAUUCGUGAGUAACGAAGCCAUCGACUUCCUGGACAAGCUGUUGCGAUACGACCAUCAGGAGCGUCUGACUGCCAAGGAGGCUCAAGCUCAUCCUUACUUCAAUCCUGUUCGAGAUGAGGCCGUUUUCAAGCAGCACUUGGCUGCGAAUGCUGCUGCCGCGGCUAGUGCAGCUGCCAACAACUAG